AAGUCGCCUUCUCCAUUUACAGCCGUAGACGUUAUAAUUAUUUGGCCUUUCUGUUAUCUUUUACACAAGAACCAAAAGCUUAAAAGACUUGACCGUAACAAUCCGACAGUUCCGCUUGACUGUUCCGUUGGCUCUGUAGCCCUUUCUCCCGUUUCUUAUCUCUGAUCUACAACCUGCAAUUGACGCUGGAUACUAUUUCGGGGCGCACCGGCGCCUAGGCGCCGACUACCCCUAGGCGGGGACAUAGGAGAUUAGUGCACAGUGCCAGUGGCACCGCAGCACUGGCCGCACUCAAUCCACCGGGGACCGCUACUGGCUGACGCUAUGGCGGGGCAGUCAGAGCUGGACCGGUGGAUUGAGCAGCUGAAGAAGUGCGAGCCACUGAAGGAGUCGGAUGUGAAGACUCUUUGCCAGAAGGCGCUAGAAAUUCUUGUAGAGGAGAGCAACGUGCAGCGCGUCGACGCACCUGUGACCGUGUGCGGCGACAUACAUGGCCAGUUCUACGACCUCAUGGAGCUCUUCCAAGUGGGAGGCGACUGCCCCAUGACCAACUACCUGUUCAUGGGCGACUUUGUGGAUCGCGGCUUCUACAGCGUGGAGACCUUCCUGCUGCUGCUGGCGCUCAAGGUCCGCUACCCGGACCGCAUCACACUCAUACGCGGCAACCAUGAGAGCAGGCAGAUCACCCAGGUGUACGGCUUCUACGACGAGUGCCUUCGGAAGUACGGCUCGGUCAACGUGUGGCGGUACUGCACCGACGUGUUCGACUACCUCAGCCUCUCCGCCGUGAUCGACAACUCCAUAUUCGCGGUGCACGGGGGCCUGUCGCCCACCAUCUCCACCCUGGACCAGAUCCGCACCAUCGACCGCAAGCAGGAGGUACCGCACGACGGCGCCAUGUGCGACCUGCUCUGGUCCGACCCGGAGGACAUCGAGGGCUGGGGGCUGUCCCCGCGCGGCGCCGGCUUCCUGUUCGGUGCCGACGUGUGCCGCGCCUUCACGGACGCCAACAAGAUCGACCUCAUCUGCCGCGCGCACCAGCUGGUGAUGGACGGCUACAAGACCAUGUUCGGGGACAAGCUUGUGACGGUGUGGAGCGCGCCCAACUACUGCUACCGCUGCGGCAACGUGGCGGCGAUCAUGGAGGUGGACGAGCACCUGGCCAAGAACUACAAGGUGUUCGAGGCGGCCCCCCAGGAGGUGCGGGGCAUCCAAUCCAAGCGCGCAGCACCCGACUACUUCUUGUAGUGGGGUGUCAGGGUGACAUGGUGUUGUGGUGUUGUGGUGGUGGGGUGUCAGGGUGACAUGGCGGUGGUGGUGGUAGUGGCCCUAUGAGGGGUGCUGUGUCGCAGACCACUGUUUCCUGUAGUGGUGGUACCGGUGGUGGUGGUGGUGCGGGGUCGCAACAGCGUUAACGCAGCAGGCGCAUGGCACGCAACAGGAGUAGCAGCGGUCGCUAGCAACGUCUAAUUGCGUUUCCUGGUUGCGUUUCCUGGUUGCGUUUCCUGGAGCUCCGUGCUUUCCAGAGAUCCCUCUCCGCAAUAGCGCUGGGUGGCCUCAUGCCGGGUGGUCGCGCAUGUCGGGUGAGGACUCGGCUCCUUGCAAUCAGUCGUCAAACUCGUACAUAGGAAUCUGGUAGAGAGUCGUUGGACGAGCUGGGAGUGGUACGGGCGUGGUGGUGUGUGACCCGGGGAGAGGAGGAGGAGGGUUACGUUUCUACCAUGGAAGAGAAAAGCAGGAGGACUAACUCUACGUAGGGCGCACGUGGGGGUGGGAGUGCUGCGGGGCGGGUCUCUUCAAGGCGGGACGAGGAAAACAGGUACCGGUAGUUGAGGGAGCUCAGGAUGUGGAGGAGUGAGUCUGGGUGGUGAUGGUGGUGGUGCGUUCGUUCGUUGUGGGGGACCGGUGGAGUGUAGAGUACUUGGAUGCUGCUGGUCACGUAUACUCUCAUAUUGCCGUACCGGUAAUGUGAGUGGGCUUGCGUGGGAUUCAAGCUGACCUUGAGGGCGUUGACUUUUGUGUUCCCGGCUUCCUUGAUUGGCGGUGUGCAGGUGGACAAGGGAUGCAGUUACCUCUUUAGACUGACGGAGUCUCACUGCUGAGGACAGGAAUGCAUGAUGAGCACUGGAUGAAGGAGGCACGCCCUGUGUGUACCUGUGAGGUGGCAACCCAUGGCAGUCGCUGAGCUGACACCCCUUGUUGAGAAGCUACGUCUUGCAAGCUAGCACCACUUGUUUGGAAAAACUGGUACCCCUUGCCUGGGAAGGUAACAUCCCUUGUCCUGGUUGGUGAUACCGUAUCCCUUGUUGGAAGCAGCUAGUGUGGUUAAGUGCAUGCCAACCCCUUGUGCAGUCGAGGUUGACAGGCAAGUCACAUAAACGCCGACAUGUGUCGCGUACAUCGUGAGAGGGCUUAUCGACUAGGCGUACGCUAUCAGUAAGAUUAUCAUGCACCGUUAUUCAAAGGGUGAAUGUGCGGAACGGAGCGGUGGCCGACCAUCUCAAAGUCCCUUCGUAAGUAUGAUUGGUUGCAAUGGGACGGCUUUAUGGAUGGUGCGUCCUUGUGCUGGGCAUGUCGCCAAGGACAAGGGCACGAACGGCUGGUGACGGCGUAAGCCUCACAAGGGCUCGCUAGUUGUCGCACUGGGUUGCAUGGUGUUGGGUGGCUUCAAGGUUGUAACUUUGCUCAAGGUCUAUG